AUGGAAGUAAAUGGGCGGGUAGCUGAUGCGUUCGCUGGAAGAAGUAUUCUGGUAACAGGUGCAAGUGGUUUUCUUGGGAAAGUGCUCAUUGAAAAAUUGUUAUAUUCGAUUCCUGAAGUUAAGAGUAUCUAUUUACUUAUUCGACCUCAAAAUGAAAUAUCAGCUAGACAACGACUCGAUAAAAUUAUUAAAAUUUCUUUACCAUGGUUCUGCAGUGAAGGUCCAAAUCGAGAUUUCAUCCAUGAUUAUUCCAAGAUCGGAGAUGUGUGA